AUGGCGUGUUGUCCUUAUCGAAUUGUCUUUCCGGGUCCUGACGACGGCGAAGUGGCGACCAAACGCGAUGCAAUGCUCACUGGUCACCCUAUUCGAUAUGGUGUCCAGAAGCGGAAAAAACGAGGAUUGCGAGAUUGGUGGCACUUGAGUGCAACCGCAAGUUAUACCAAAGUACAAGGUGAUUCCGAGAGUCACUGGAUCGCCAUCCUACUCGAAGUGCGCCAAACCUAUUUGCGGGUUUGUUGGAUGUAUCGGCCCAGCGAACUGCCCACUGAAGUCCCAGAAUCAAAAAAGGGGAAUACUAGACUUUACAAGUCAAAUCACAGCACGCCAAGCGAUAAUCCACUAACAAUGUUAAGAAUAGUGGACAUUAUCGACGCCUCGAGCGUUGCAUCAAGAGCAGUACUCGUAACGGAACCUUCAUCGUACUACUGCUUCAAGAGGCGAAGAAUAUUUUAUCUUAUUAAGCGUACAAGUACCUUGCGACGGAAAAUUCAAGGUGGUACAACCCAUGCCAGCCUCAAAUAG